UAUAAAUAGUGAAUGUAUGAUUUACUAAUAAUAUUAUUUUUCCCUCGAAUAUAUAUAGUUCCACCUCCGGUCAGAAAGGGUCGUGGGGUUGCCGCAAACGCUAACCUCGAAAAAAAAAGGAGAGAAGCUGGUAAGCCCUUACCGGUGGAGGUAGAUCUUGAAACCGGCAAAGUAGUUGGCACUGAAGCCAGCAAUUAUGUUCGAUUUCUUGGCCAACAAGUGAGCAUGUUGUGCCCGGGUGGUCAUCUAAAUUUUUCCGAUGUACCCCAACAAUACAAGGAUCAAGUGCUCAAUCGAAUCAGAUACUACUUUGAUAUCGAUGGGAAUCCCCACCGAGAGCUACUUAUGAGGACUUUAUAUUCGGUGAUGGCGGAGCGGUAUAGUGAGCGAAAGACGCUCAGACACAAGCAUUUCAAACAACAUUACAAAAAACCAGAAGAUUGGGACACAGUUCUCAAAUUCCCCCCUGACUACUUGAAUACCGAGACUUGGAAACCGGUUUGCGAAUUGUUCGUUAGCGAGGCAUUUUUGAAUCGUUCAACUAAAAAUAAAUCGAAUCGGCAACUAAUGAAAUAUCCAACAACGCAAGGCACAAAAUCGUUGGCGUCCAUACGCCACGGAAUGGGGGGUACUCCUGGAGAGCAUGUAGUUGACGCAUGGAAGGAGAUCCAUGUGAAAAAACCGUCUGGAACUUUCGUUAAUGAAUUAGCUGCAAAAGAUUAUGAGGAACUGAUCAAGGAGCUUGAUAGGAAGCGACUGGAACGACAAUCCCAGAGCGAUACUGGAACUGAAUCUGAAUCUGAUACUGGUUAUCAGUUUGACGUUAUGGAAACAGUUCUAGGCCAAAGAUCUGACUAUCAGAGAGGCGUGGGUAAAAGGCUCAAGGGCAAAGGAAAGAAACCAAUCCCCCAAACUCAAUCAACGGUGCCUCCCCAACCGACUACUGAAAUGAUGAGCACCAUGGCAGAUAUAUUCUCAGCUAUGCGUGCCACUUGGGGGGGUAAUUUGACGCCUGAACAACGUGCCCGCUCCGCCAAUGGGAAAUCAGUUCUUAUACCGAACACCGUCAGAGUCUCCUCCGCUCGGCUCAAACUUUGCUGAUUUUGGAUUAUUUGGGAGUUCAUCGCAGGAGAACCAAU